GCAGACGACUGCGGCGUCGUCUGCGUGCCGGGUCUACGCCUAACGCGCACAGUACAGUUUUACGGAGGCUCGAUACUCGGGCCGUUCGCGAGCGCUGCCUUUUUGCCGACCUGUGCUGCGUGGGCAACAUGGAGACGCCGGUGGUCACGUGGGUGCUACUGCUCGGCGCGUUCUGUGGCCAGAGCGAAGCGACGCUGCUGGCCAUCUUGGCUGGAAUUAAAAGCGCGCUACAGAACGUGCACCGAGGGGACACUGAAGGCGUCAUAAGCACACACCGCUUUAUGGACGAUGGCUUUCCGGGACCAACGGAGAUGCGGCGUUUUCAGACAAGCUUCAGGGGCGACAGUGACAGCGACAUCGGUGUGCAGAUCCUGCGCCAGGAGGCGCCACUGAUCCAUGAGAUCGAGGUGCGGAUGAACCAAGGGCUCGAAGCCGAGCGCAACCUGACCACCGUCCGCGAAGAGAUCCGCCGGGAGCUGGUGGAAGCCGAAAGCUCUGGAAGAGUGGGGGACGCCCAACGCGCCCAAAUGGAAAACAGAAUCUGGCAGCUGGACAAGCGCCUUAGUCAGCUGCGGCAAAAGAACCUCGAAGUGGAGAGGAGGUUUCGCUACGUCAUCGGCGGCAUCAGGUCGGGAGCGAUACGGAGCCCGCGGAGGGCGCGUAGCAUGCUGGGCGGCAUUGUGCAAUUCUACACCAACGUGGUGAUGAGCUACGUCAACACCUCCGUGUCGCUGGCCGUGGGAAUCGUCAGGUUCUGGACGGGCCUCUUCGGGAAGUUGGCCGGCGGGUCGUCGGCGCGCUUAUUCGGGAUGCCGCACGUGGAGGUCCGACCCAACCUUGACGCAGGGUUUUAGAAUAACACCUGCUUGCAGGAAAUAAACGCUACACGAAA